AUGCCUGCAGUUCCGGCUGCUAACGGCCACACAGCACGCUAUGCACCAAUGAGCCAGCCGGGGACGCCGCGAAGCGGGCCGCAACGCCUGAAGUAUCCCUUGCGACUCCACUCCGCUGACCUAGCGGGCCGUCCGAAACGGACUGAUCUGUGGCGCGUGACAGUAAAGUCGGAGGACGAGGAAGAGGACGUGAUCGACCUCGGGGCUCCACGCAAAGUCCGUGCCGCGCGCAGCGUAGCGGGUGCUGCUGCACCGCGCGCCCCCCGCGCGUACACGCCCAAUCCUCGCCUGUACCCGGGUCCGCAGAAACGUCAAGUCCAAACUAAGCAAAAGCGCAAAAAAUGCGGCCAACGUAGCCGCAAGAGCAUAACAUUUCGGCGCCCCGUACCAAACUCGCGUCUGUACCGACCCGCGCCGCCGAAACCACCCCCACCCCCAGCUAAACCACGCACCGUCUGGCACCCCCCCGUACAGGGGAAGCUAGAGACAGCAUCCCGCGUCGCGCUCCGCCUCAACGGGAUCUGGCGGUCUGAUAAGUCGGAAGCGGAAGCAUCAGUGCCUACGCUACCUGGUUCGCAACCUGUCCUAAAAAAGCGCAGUCGGAUCCGUCAAAGGCCACCGUCACCGUCUCAACUUCGGAAGCUUAUCGUAAAGUUGCCAGCGGCGGCGGGCGACGGGAACCCGAGCGAUCCGAGCCUGCGCUACCGUCCCACCAGUCAGCACUUCCGUGCCCGGGAGCUGGGAUCGCGGGACUCGACGCCGACGGGCGGACGCGUGAUACAGCAGUCUGCGCGAGGCAACAUGGAGGCCACGCCGAGGCAUUCCACUAGUCCUGAGGACUGCUCGGAGGGGAAUGAUCCGCAGUCGGCGCCCAGUGAGUUUCUUGCUGAGUUCCUAUCAGCGAUAAUGCGUCGUCAAUACGCCGAAGCGCUGAAGUACUGCCGGCUGAUCCUUCAAUACGAGCCGCGCAAUGCCACAGCCCGCGGCUUCUACCCGUUGCUUCAACAGAAGCUGGCGCAGCAGAGCCCGAGAACCAGCGACAAAACCUCACCACCGAGGACUCGGCACCAGCGUUCCAAAGCUAGCCGCUCCCCUGACUUAGGAGGUGUGUCCAGUGGUGCCAACUCUGGAGCGUCCUCGCCUGCGCCACAAGGUCUUUUACCACAUGAGGUGAUGGAGCAGGAGGCAGACUCGCUGUCGUGCUCAGACCCUCGGCCCGGCAGCGCGGGCAGCAGCGAGCGAAGCGAGGCAGAACCUGGCCUAGGCUCAGUUUCUUCGCAGUCCUCAUUAGAGUUGGAUUCUUCUGCCGCACACUCCUCGCCCAGCCUGUCGCUCAGCCGCCGCACUGACAGUCAGGUGACCCUCAGUUCAGUAGCGAGCGAAGUAAGACAGAGCCAAAGCAUAGGCUCUGUAUCAUCGCACUCCUCGUUAGAGUUGGAUACAUCGGUCGCACACUCCUCGCUCAGCCUGUCGCUCAGCCGCCGCACUGACAACUUGUGCGACGCGGAGAACAACCAGCCGACCGUGUCCACCGUCGGCCGCUCGCCGCGCCGCGCCCCCCGCGACCCCCGCGCCGCCCGCGCUCCCCCGCUCACGUUGCAGAGCGAGCAAUCAACAGAGUCGCUCCGCCGACUGCGCGCGCAGUUCACCUGCUCCAUCAAGUGAGCAGCCAACCCUAUCGUCUUGUACCACGUCUGUUAUAAGUUCCCGCUGUACUAAACACUGUUUACUGUA